CAAUGGUCUAGAAGUUGUAUUCGCGGGCGGAGGGGAGAAAUGAUGUCUCAAGACCACACUGACCCUAAGUACCAGGGGGAAACUGGGGAGAGAUUAGACGGAAGAAAUCUUAUCAAUGAAUGGGUCAACAAGCACUCUAACUCCCUCUGUGUUUGGAAAAAGACAGCAUUUGACCAGAUUGACGUGGAAAAGACUGAUCAUGUGAUGGGUGAGGUUUCUCUACGUACACUUUAUACAAGAAAGAAUGAGCUGAAUCACACGUUAACGCCGAGGACGUCAUAGUUGCAUGUUUAACCACCUCAAAAUAGUAUAUGGCGGGUUUAACAGUCUAAACCACGUACAAUAGCACAAGACUUUACCGUAAUGAGAUUCCAAUGCAUUUUACUUAUGAGAUAGAGACAAACGGCUAUAUAAUCAUUGGCGUUUAUUUAACCCUGAGGAAGUUAAUGAGAUUCCUGCGCAAAAAAAGAAGCAGCCGGUUUCUACUUCUCCCUAACCAAAUAACGUGUACGUUUUAGUUGUUGGCGAGCUUUAAAAUUAGAUCAUUUUCUCACACACAGAUUACACGCUUAUUAUUGCAACCGCUGACCACUCACACGUAUUCACUGUUGGUGGCUACCCAAAACUAGGAAAUCCGAUCUUUGGUGUGGUGAGGGACAUUUACGAUAACAAACCACACCUUGGCAGUGAUGAGAAACCAUUCACCACUCUAGGAUAUGCCAAUGGACCUGGAGGGGUUAAUGGUAGCAGGGAAAAUCUCACAGGGGUUGAUACAGCUGACAAAGACUUUCUUCAACAAGCCACGGUAAUGAGGUACAAGGAAAUUCAUGGCAUUGAAGACGUAGGUAAGUGUUUUAGUGGUCUUAAACUCCUAUUAAAUUUCUAGGAAACUGAGUGAAAAAAAAAAUAGGCCAAAUUAGGUUUCAUAUAUUAGUUUGACAGCAUCGCGUAGAAUGCCCGGUCACAUCCGGGAAUUUAACAGGCUAGAGCCGCAUUCGAGCCACGAUUUGGUCUUUAAAAUAUGGCGGAAUAAUAAGACUGAAGCGACUUUCGGAGUUUUUUGUCUCUGAUUGUGAGUUACUCGUAACCAAAUCUCAGUGGGUACCACCGGAAUAUUUAUAUCAAGAAACAUCAAAUUCAAGAUCUUACCUUCGAUUAAGGCCAGUUUAUCGGAUUUCACUGGGUUUUUCGCGCUAAAAACCAACCAAAAAAUCGCCAUUUUUGUAUGCAUUUUCACCUGCGUAGACUUUCGCGGAAAGAUUACAACCAAAGUCUGCAGAAAUCUCGAACGGUACCACCUGAUAUUGUGACAUCUCUUGUCUGCCUUUAAAACCAUCACAGUCUUUAAAACCAAGGAUUGUGAUAAAAACUUUUCUUUUUUUUGUUUAUCUUUGAAUUUGACCUGAACCAGUGAGGGAUAGCCAGCGCGAAGAAAAUUUCCAGAAAACUUCUUUGAAAGCCAGAAAAAAAAUUUCCGCGUUUCGGCCGCCAUCUUUUUUUUUUUUUUUUUUUUCAAACUUGUUUCCAGUACUCUUUGACCGUUUUAUCGUUUUUACCUCAUGUAUGCUUCAUUCAGAAGUGUCACGGCUGAAAACGGCAAAAUACUAACCCCUACCCGGACGGGAAAUUUUUUGUUCAUCUCAAUGGACCCGGAUUUCCACGCGACGGGGCAAAUUCGAAAAACAUCACUGCUAUCUUGACUUAGACUUAUGAAUUUCCUUGCAGUGGUACCUUUUCAAGUAAAUAUAAGUAUGUAAACGAGAGCUCCGCCCUUAGGCUUCGCUAAAUCAUGUUCUUAGUAUAGACAGUGCUGGCAAUCAUGACAAAGAGAACAUUAAGACGUUACUUUAAUUUCUAAUGGAAACGUCCGUACACGAAUACUUUAUUUAAAUUGUGGACCGGUGGACCUGGAAUGAAUCUGAAUCCUCUGCAGUGUAUUCGCUGGUUUUUAAGGCAUGUUAUUCGCUUUACUUGACAGCCGUGUAUUUUGUCCUUGUACCUGAAAAUCAUUUCCACAAAUAGGGCUGUAUGUUAAAACCUCCUCGUUUAUACGUUCAAGCUGUUUGUUUGUUUCGUGCGUUCAGCCAGUACCGUUUUGGGGCAAAAAGGGUCGCUAUGAAUUAUUUAUUGCCACUCGUUUCUUGAUCUUGAGUUUGAGCUACUGGUCAGGCAACCAUGUAUUACUUUGUGUUGCACAAAGUAAUACAUGCGGGCAUAAUGCAAAAUUAUAAUUCUUUCGUGGCAGUUUUCUUUUUUGAUCUAGUCAAUGAAGUUUUGCCUAAUUUUCCGUUGCACUACUUCAGGUAUAUGCGCGGACGGUCCUGGAGCCUACUUAUUUCAUGGUGUUGUGAAACAGCAGUACAUCUUCCACGUGAUGGAUCACGCCUUGUGUUUAAGUGACAGCAAACAAGGGACAUGUGAUAAGCACGUGACAAGGGGGGGUCCAGUCACAAGUGAUUCUAGUAAA